AUGCUAAACGACACUCAAAAAGGAUACGACAUCGAAGAUUAUCCAGUGGUCGUUGGUAUUGAUUUUGGAACUACAUUCUCGGGCUGUUGUUAUGCUUUUGCUCAAAAUGAAGAAGUGAUUGAUAUUGUGAAAUGGCCAAAACAGAAUAAUAAUAUAUAUCCAAAGACGCCUUCAUUAUCAUUGUAUCGGAAGGGAUCAACGCAGAUAUUAGAUUGGGGACAUGGUGCGCGGCGAACAGCCAUGAAGCCUAAUAGUGCCGACCUUUUACUCUUAUCGAAAUUUAAGCUUUACCUCGACGAACAUUUACGAAAUGAAGUUCUUCCAAAUAACCUCAACAUCAUUGAUGUGAUUGCAGAUUACCUUCGUUCGUUUCAUCAACAUGUGUGCGCAGAAUUAUUAAAAGGAUUUGCAGGCAACUAUGAUCAAAGCAAAUUUAGAUAUUGCCUAACAGUGCCUGCAAUCUGGACUGACCGUGCCAAAUCAGCAAUGCGUGAAGCAGCCAUUCGCGCGGGACUCGUUACGCGUCAUGAUCCACCUGAAAGACUAGCCCUAAUUUCAGAACCUGAAGCUGCCGCUUUGUAUUGUGAAAAGAAAUCAGAUCAGUUUAAUUUAUCACACGGACAACGAUUUAUGAUUUGUGAUGCAGGUGGUGGAACAGUGGAUUUGAUUGUAUUUGAAAUAGAAGAAAAAAUACCAGGAAGACGGUCAUUGAAAGAAGUAACGAAUGGACAGGGUGCUACCUGUGGGUCAGGGUUUUUGGAUUCAAGAAUGCGUGAUUACAUAACGCGUAAAUUCGUACAUUUGGGGCCCAUUAAUGAAUCAGCUAUGGAACAUAUAAUGGAAAAUUUUGUUAAUAUUAUCAAACCUGAAUUUGAUGGUAUAGAGGACCAUUACUUAGACUUACCAGCAUCUAUGGGCUUAGCUGAUUUCACGGACAAAACAAUAGGUUUGGAGAAUGGUUGUUUGUUAUUACCAGUGCAAGAAAUGAUCAAUGAAGUAUUUGAGCCUGUUGUUGCUCAAGUGCUCAGUCUAAUCGAUAUACAACUACGCCAGUCUCCUAACUUGGAAGCUAUUUUCUUAGUUGGUGGAUUUGGUCAAUCUAAUUAUUUAUUCAAACGUGUGGAGGACAUUUUUGCUGAUCGAGUGGGUAUGAUAGGUGUCCCUCCGCGGGGUGAACUGGCUGUUGUACGAGGCGCCGUAUACUUUGGCCUGAACCCUCAAACCGUUACUGAACGUGUAUCUCGUCGUACAUAUGGUGUAGAAACGCGUAUGUUAUUCCAAGACGGUAUUGACCCGCCAGAAUUUGCAGCUAUUGGUGUGGAUGGUAGGACGUAUUGCCGACAACGAUUUAGUGUCUAUGUACAUAAAGGACAAAGUGUAAAAGUAGAUGAGUGUAUAUCAAAGACAUUUGUUAUCAGUUACCCUAAUGACACUGACUCCGACCUAUACGCCUAUGAUGGGGAUGGUCCUGUGCCCCGUUUAACAACAGACCCUGCAAUCCAAAAAGUAGGUCACUUCCCCAUCCGCAUGCCAACAUUGGAAGGCGUAAAGUCUGGUGACAAGGUGACACUGACGAUCAGAAUGUAUUUCGGACUUACAGAAAUUAAAAUAGAAUGCGUGAUACAAGAUCAAGUGUUUGUGUUUACGUCGGCUUUUGAUGCAUCCGACGCCAUUGUACGACCUCCAGUAACACCAUCCGUCAAUAAUAAUAGUAUAUACAACAUACAAGACACUUACAAUAUACAAACGCCACAAUCUACAACAUCAAUGUAUCCACCAAUUACAGUUUCCACAAAUGCCUGUGCUACCCAUACAAGGUCCUCCAGUGUAAAUCAAGGGUAUCAUCCUUUACCUCAUAAUACUACUCAAGGCACUAAUAUGGCAAUGUACAACUACUCUGAAGCUAAUACUCCCAAUAACAAUACUAUGUCGUUCGUCAACCGCAAUUCGUUAUAUACGAAGCCUUCUAUUUAUAGUUCGCCUGGAAUUAGUCAAGAACUAUAUAAUCAAUCACAGCAACCUCAACAACAAGCUUAUCCUACAACACCCACAGGUUAUUAUAAUAAUGCCAAUUCUGCGAAUUAUCCUUCGAUGUACCCACCUAAGACUAAUUAUCGCUAA